AUGACGGGAACCAAGACCAGACCGUUGCCCAUGGUGGGUAAGCAAGCCUGUGACCAGUUGCUGAAGCGGUUGAUUGGAGCUCUUCGCCGUUUAACCGUGCUACGCAAAAAGGUGAAGACGGCACUUGCCAAGGAACCUGCAUCCGAAGACGAUAAGAAAGUGAAAAUCCAUGUGGAAUUGACCCGUUUACUAUCGAAGGCCCAAUUCUCAAUCAAAACCUUGGACAGGCUUAGACAAUCCCCAGACUGGAUUUCUGAUCAGGAAGGACUCUUGAAUGCGUUGAUGCAUGUGCAGGGGGCCACGGAAAAUAUUCCUCUCAAUCAAGAGCAACUCCGCCAACUCCGUGAAUUGUCACCAACGGAUAUUGACACGUCUACGCCCCAGGACUCGGACCAGGCAACAGUGGAUGAGGAUUUUUUAGAGACUCAGGCCGCACCAACAGUACAACAACAUUGGGCUCCUCAAUACUCAACGCAGGCAGGGUCGACACCCACCAUCCAGUUACCUGACACCGGGGCUAACAACAUGAAGCAAAUUAGCCCGGUGAAUCGUCGAAUUGGACGUACGAAGCCUGUACCUCAGGUGGCUCCUUACGAUAAU